CAGUCAUCUCCAGUGUUUGAAACGCCAGCCGGUCUGUCUUCUCCUUGUAAACUUUCAAAGUCAUGUCAGACACGGAGGAAAUUGUGGAGGAGUAUGAGCAGGAAGACGAGAAGGAUGAGAAGAAAGGGGAGGAGAAUGAGCACGAAGAAGGGUCCAAACCACGGCACAAGACAACUUAUGUGCCAAACAUGACUCCUCCAAAGCUUCCUGAUGGCGAGAAGGUUGAUUUUGAUGACCUCCACCGCAAGAGGUUGGAAAAGGAUUUCAAUGACCUCCAGGCCCUCAUAGAGCAACACUUCUCCAGCCGUCAGAAGGAAGAGGAAGAACUGAUGGCACUUCGCACCCGCAUCGAACGCCGCCGCGCAGACAGGGCCGAACAACAGCGUGUCCGCUCAGAGCAGGAGCGCGAGCGCCAAGCACGGGUGGCCGAGGAGAGGUCAAGGCGUGAGGAAGAGGCAGCCAAGGUACGAGCAGAGGAGGAUGCCAAGAAAAAGAAGAUAUUCUCCAACAAGUCAUUUGGUGGCUACCUGCAGAAAGUCGAGCAGAAGAAGGGCAAGAAGCUAACAGCCCGUGAGGAGAAGAAGAAGGCUCUGAUGGAGCGCAAGAAGCCGCUCAACAUAGACCACCUGAACCAGGAGAAGCUGGUGGAGAAGGCGCAGGACCUCUGGCAGUGGCUGUACCAGCUGCACGCCGAGAAGUUCGAGUUAGCAGAAAAGCUCAAGAAGCAGAAGUAUGAAAUCCAUGUGCUCCGAAACCGAGUCAGUGACCACCAGAGGGGCUCCAAAUUGUCCAAGACCUCCCGUGGGGCCAAAGGCAAGUCUGUCUCCAGAAAGUGAAGAGAAAAUUUCAAGACAACUGACGAGCCAAGUUCAUUCUGGACUGUUUGGUGUUCUUUAACUUGUAUCAUGAAAGCUCUCCCAGGGACUGUGCAUAAGGAUGUCUUGUUUUGGUGAAAAUAAAACAAAAUCAUGUAUCAAUUUCAUCAGUAAUUGCUUAGAUUUAGUCCACAACAAGAUUCUUUAUACAUCAUUUUGUUUUUAACAACUACACUUUCACUGUCAAAUUGUUCCUUAUUAUAGUUUGCAAAACAUUUUGCGUUUGUUUCCAGCACAUUAUAACAUUUAUCUGUGUGCUUUAGUUCUUUAAGUCUCAGUAAACUCAUUAUUAUGCUC